GGUCUCGAAAUUGGUGUUGAUUUGCUGAAGAAAACAUCAUACUGGAUUUCUAAGACAAAAAUAAAAUAAGCACAAAAACCACCACUCAUUUUCUCGAAAACCUCGGUGCCGCAACGUAAAAAAUAAAGAACUACAACACCCAUGAUUCGACCGACCAACCAUGUAGUGGCAAAACGUGUGCACAGCGCAUGCCCAACGGAUUCCCUUGCGUCGCGUGCACUGCCUCCAACUAGCUGAUUGUGUGGCGGUGGUUUGGCGCUUUGCUCUGUCAAGACGGUUGUUUUUCUUUUUAACCAAAGGAACCGGACACGAAACGAAGCAAUGGCCGAGUCGGUGGCCGUAAUUUGCGAGCAGCUCAUUAAAGCCGUAAACGUAAUGAUGGACGCGGAAUCCAGUCAGCGGUACCGCCUGGAGGCCCUGAAGUUCUGUGAGGAAUUCAAAGAACAGUGCCCGUUCUGUGUCCCUUGUGGCCUCCAGCUGGCGGAUAAGUCCCAGUCGCCAGUGGUCAGGCAUUUCGGACUUCAGAUCCUGGAGCACGUGAUCAAGUUUCGAUGGAACACCAUGCCACAGCAAGAGAAGGUUCAACUGAAAAACUGCGCAAUGGGAUUAUUAUCAAAUGGCACACACUUUAUCCUGGAAGAGGAAAGCCACAUCAAGGAUGCUCUGUCCAGAAUCAUUGUGGAAAUGAUCAAACGGGAGUGGCCUCAGCAGUGGCCGGACAUGCUGAAGGAACUGGAGGAUCUCAGCAAACUAGGGGAGUCCCAGACAGAGCUGGUGAUGUUGAUCCUUCUGCGGCUGGCAGAGGACGUGAUUACUUUCCAGACACUACCCAGCCAACGGCGCAAGGACAUCCAGCACACCCUGACACAGAACAUGGACAGUAUCUUGAGCUUCCUGCUCACCAUCCUGCAGCUCAACGUGGACGAGUACCGCCGAUUGAAAUCUGAUCCCAGCCAAGAACUGAAGGCCAGGGCACACUCCCGAGUUGGCGUUGCAACGCUCAACACGCUGGCAGGGUACAUCGACUGGGUGGCGCUGGUGCACAUCACCAACGAACAGUGUCGCCUGAUGGAGAUUCUGUGUCUGCUGCUGAGUGAGACGGAGCUGCAGCUGGAGGCAGCAGAGUGCCUGCUCAUCGCUGUCAGCAGAAAGGGCAAGUUGGAGGACAGAAAGCCGCUCAUGGUGUUGUUUAAUGAUGUCGCAAUGCACUACAUCCUGUCUGCCGCACAGUCUGCUGAGGGCAGUGGGCUGGUUGAGAGACACUACACCUUCCUCAAAAGACUGUGCCAAGUUCUGUGUGCGCUGGCUACCCAGCUCUGUGCCUUGGUGGGCUCGCAUGUUGAAGUGGAAGUCCCUGGCAACCUCAACAAGUUCAUGGAGGCAUUUCUUGCCUUCACCACCCACCCUAGCCAGUUUUUGAGGUCUUCAACCCAGCUCACAUGGGGUACGUUGUUCAGACACGAGGUUCUCUCUAAACAUCCUGUUAUUGUGGAGGUGACCAGCAAGUACAUGAGAGCCACCAUGACCAACUUAGUCAAGACUGGGUUCCCUUCCAAAAGUGACAGUCCUAGCUGUGAAUAUUCACUUGUGGAUUUUGACAACGAUGAGGACUUCAACACAUUCUUCAACUCUUUCCGGGCCCAGCAGGGCGAGGUGGUACGCAUCGCUUGCAAGAUCAUCCCCCUGGAGGCCUUCCAAAUGGCUGGGGAAUGGCUCCAGUACCAAGUCAAGAGUCCUAUCGACGUGGGACCCACCAUGUCAAAGACAGCCGAGGGCCUCUGCUCCAUCCUCUCUCCCUCUGUGGUGCAGUGGGAUGCCAUGACCUUCUUCAUGGAGAGCAUUGUGGGGCAGCUGCUCAAGACCCUUGAAAAGGAGAAAGUCCCAGUGGACCAAGGCAUUGAGCUGCUGCAGGCCAUGCUCAGCUAUGAGACACGGGACCCCCUGAUCCUUUCCUGCGUCCUCACCAACGUGUCCUCCCUCUUUCCUUUCGUCACCUACAGGCCACACUUCUUGCCCCAGGUGCUGCACAAGCUCUUUGCGUCCAUCACAUUUGAAGUCAUUGAAGAGAGCAAGGCGCCCAGGACCCGUGCUGUGAAGAACGUCAGAAGACACGCUUGCUCAUCCAUCAUCAAGAUGUGCCGCGACUACCCGCAGUUCAUCCUGCCAUGCUUUGACAUGCUCUACUGCCACGUGAAGAAGCUCUUUUCCAAUGAGCUGCUGCUCACCCAGAUGGAGAAGUGCGCCCUGAUGGAAGCUCUGGUGCUCAUCAGCAACCAGUUCAAGGACUAUGAGAAGCAGAAGGCCUUCCUGGAGGAGCUCAUGGCCCCCGUGGUUGUGCGAUGGCUAUCAGAGGAAAUGGGACAAACACUGCUAAACCCCGUGUCCUUCCUGGCCUUCGUCGGGGCAGAUCAGGUGAUGAAUGACUCUAACAUUGAGGACCAGACAGGCAUCAACAGGUCCAGGAUCAGCUUUUGUGUGUACACCAUUCUGGGCGUUGUGAAGCGGGCCCGCUGGCCUGCAGAUGUGGAGGAAGCCAAAGCAGGAGGGUUCCUGGUUGGGUACACCCCCAGCGGCAACCCCAUCUACCGCAACCCCUGCGCGCCCCAGGUGCUGGCCCUGCUCCCCAACCUGCUGGCACUCAUCAGGACCCAUAACAGCUUGUUCCUGCCGGAACACAUGGCACGGCUGAGUGAGACAUUUGCCAGGGCCUACGAUGUCAUGGAUGUGGAGAAGAACGUGGUUCUGGGACUUCCCCAGCCUGUCCUUGAAAUCUAUGACUCUCCGGUGUACAAGACGUCACUGGAACGCAUGCAAGGCUUCUUCUGCACCCUCUACGACAACUGCUUCCAUAUCUUGGGUCACGCUGGCCCCUCACUGAACCAGGACUUCUACACUAUUGAGGGCCUGGCUGAGCAACUCGUCAGCUCUGUCCUCAUCAACCUGGAUCAUGUGCCCGACCAUCGCCUGCGGGCCAUGCUCCGAGUCUUCGUAAAGCAGCUGGUGGUCUCAUGCCCUCAGGAGUACUAUGACAGCUUGCUUUGCCCCCUGCUCGGACACCUAUUUGCCUACAUGUUGCAGAGACUGAAUCAGAGGUGGCAGGUCAUUAACCAGAGGAGCAAUAUGUGUGAGGAAGAGGAGGAGGUGUGUGGAGAGAAACAGGUGACCCAGGAAAUGCUGGAGGAAGAGCUUCUCCGUCUGGUCACCCGGGAACUGCUGGAUUUGCUCACUGUGGCCUGUGUGCUGCGGAAGACGUCAGACACAGCCGGUAACAAAGAGGAGGUGGACGAGGAGGAUAUGAUGGCCACUGACUCCACCCAGGCAUCCACAGUGACACCCACAUACCCUACAGAUGAGCUCACAGAGCUGGGAAAGUGUCUCAUAAAGCAUGAGGACAUCUACAUGACCUUUUUGACAAUUUCCUUCAACUGUUUGUGUUGGAAAGACACCAGCAACUGUCAGCGCACUGCCUCCCAGGUCUGCUGGACUCUGCUGAAGCAGAUUGUUGGGGGCAACCUGUUGCCUGAGGCAGUCACAUGGUUCUACACCAGCGUGCUGAAAGGCCUGCAGGUGCACGGGCAGCAUGAAGGGUGCAGUGCUGCCCUCACCCUAUUGGCCUUCCUCAUCUAUGAAGCUUUGAGACCUCGAUACUCGGAGCUACGGGUGGUCAUGACUCAUAUCCCCAACAUCCAGCUAGAGGCUCUGGACCAGUUUGACCAGAGGCUCCUGAACCCAGCAACUCAGAAGGCUGGAGAGAAAAAGAGGAAGGAGCAGUUCAAAAAGCUCAUCGCUGGCACAGUUGGGAAACCCCUGGGGCAGCAGUUCAGGAAAGAAGUCCACAUCCGGAAUCUACCCUCGCUCUUCAAGAAGGUGAAGCCAGAGGUGAACAGGGACAUUCUAGAGACGAGUGAGAGUCCUGCACUGGUGUCCCUCUUCUCCCCACUCCAGGAUGACAUCUAAGAAGGCAACAUGAUCUGCCAAAGUGGAGGGAAAACAUCCAGGAAACCCCUCCUGCAGUACUGCUUCUAUUUUUAUUAUUUUUUUUUUUUUUAGUGGUAGAUUGUUGCUCUGCCAUUCUCUGGAAUCCAGACACUUCCACCAAACACCCGGACAUGCGAGUGCUGUGGGGGGGGAGGGUCCAGGCUGGCCUUGGGAGAUAACCUUGUGGCAUGUACAUCAUGAUGGACGGAUAUGACUGUGGCAGCAAGAGCACUGAAAGGCAUGUCACUCUGGUAAAGAGGAAAAAACAUGGAAAGUGAUGGAGAAGUCCUGAGUAGGGCGUGACAGAAGUCAAAGCCAACAGUGGUGAUCAGUAGUCUUAUUUUUUAAUGAUGUGUACUUGAUUUGCAGAAGCGCAUGCUUGUGAAUCCGUGCAGUUGAGGAUGGUUCCACAUUCCAUUUAUCCCAUUGUUCCUGCUUUUCACCUAAAUUGUUGCCUUUAUUUUUAUGGUUAAUUCAACACUAAAAGAAAGGAAAAAAACUGGGCAUGGUACAAUAAUUGGAAAUGAUUGUUUAUUAAAAAUGGCAGUAUAAACUGAUCAAAGAAUAUGUUCGGUUAAAGGCAGAAAUAUGGUGUGUUAGGGUGUAUGAUGCUAAGCUAAAUUUUGAAGUUUGUUACAUUUUGUGUUUUGAUGUUCAUGUAAAAAAUGUGACAAAUCAGCGUUAACAUUUUUUAAUAACCAAACUUGGAACAAUACAACAGAAUGAAAUUCUUUUUUGAUGUGGCUACGGCUGGAUAUCAGCCUGAACAGUUACAGGGCUUCGGCAUUUUGGCCAGGUAAAGGACCAAUGUGCCAGAGACAAUGUGUUCCUGUGCAAAAGUGAGAUAAGAGCUCCUCGGGGAUGAGCAGUUUUUGCACUCCUCCCCCUCGGGCAGUGGACCCCUCUGUGACCGUUCUCUCACUGAGACACAGAAGGGCUGCAUGUACUCUUCAGGACCUGGAGCUCACCAAGUCGCCCCGCUUGCUGCCAGAGGGUGAAAUGGCACAGGAGCGUCUGGCAAAGACACGACACCGGUUUCAGCACUUCUUUCAAAGGACACUACAAGUCAUUUUAAACACAAACCUAGGGUUUCAUGACCACACGUGUUUAACCAUCACCACCUCCACCUCCUCUACACCUGGCACCCUCAUUUGUGCAGAAGCGCACGUCAAGCUGUUUGAGAGAAGCAGGGCGGUGAAGGACAGGCUUGUCACAGGUACGAAUGUUGUGUCGAGCAGCGAUCCUCACCUUGGAGCUGGAGUUGGCCGUGCAAACGGCGGACUCUUUAACGCAUUCUCCCAUCAGAACUUGCAGGUAGUAUAGCAGUCCGUUCACCACCUGUUGGAACAGCAUCCGUUACGUGACGGGCUGGGGAUGCUCGUCUCGUAGAAGCGGUCUGCGUGAGCAACAGCCUUACCUGUUCCUGGGCGGAGAGCACCUUGAUCAUGCUGUAGGUGUACUUGUCCUGGCCAUCCAAUCUGUACUGGUUCACAGCGUACUGGGCCAGCUGCUGUACGCGGGGGGUGUCUGGGGACAGGGGUGUUAUCCCACCCAGCAAUGCGCUGGCACUCACUUUUGGUACCGACGGUCUGCACUGAACCUUCAAGAGCUGAUUGGAAUUUUCCCAGGGAACUUCCAGCAGCUCAAAGUGGCACACAAAGGUCUGCGGAGAGAGAAUUCCAAGGAAGGUGAAACAUUCAUUUGUAUUUUUACAUCCACAUUGAUGACGUAUUAGAGCGACAUUUAUUACCUCCGUCUUGUCGCUUUGAGGACACGAUUCCAUAUGUGGACUUUGGCGUUUCAUACAGCGCACUGUCUCUACGUCCAGGUAGUAGAUGACUCCUGCUACCACCUGUCGCAGUGGAAAUAAAAGUGUAAAG